AUGUUAGAAACGGCCCUGCCACCGCUCGCUCUGCUGCUGUGCCUCCGUCCAGCCACCAGCCGCCCCACAAACGCGGCCGACACAGCAGCCGCCCCACAAACACGGCCGACACAGCAGCCGCCCCACAAACACGGCCGACACAGCAGCCGCCCCACAAACACGGCCGACACAGCAGGGAUGAAGCUGAAGGGGGGGCCAGUGCAGUGCCAGUGCCAGUGGCCUCUCCAGGCUGUCCUCCUCGUCGCCGUGGUGAUGAUCUGCUGCCGGCCGGUGUCCGCGGGCAACCGCUACCUCCGGGGACACAACGGCCACUACCAGGUGAAGCAGGGCACGUGUGAGGUGGUGGCCAUCCACCGCUGCUGCAAUAAGAACAAGAUCGAGGAGCGCUCCCAAACUGUCAAGUGCUCCUGCUUCCCAGGCCAGGUCGCCGGGACCACGCGGGCAAUGCCCUCCUGUGUGGAAGCCUCCAUCGUGGUGCAGAAGUGGUGGUGUCAGAUGCAUCCGUGCCUGGAUGGCGAGACCUGCAGUGUGCUGCCCGACCUCACCGGCUGGUCCUGCAGCACCGGAAACAAGGUCAAAACCACCAAGGUCACACGAUAGCAAGAAAACGCCAGACCUUCACCACAGUCUACAGUGUCAAGCUGAGACUCCCCCCA